GUUCCAGACCGUGUCUGGCUCGACUCCACCCCCAACCAAGCCUUCCCAACCCCCCCGAAGCCCCCAAGCCCAACCACCGCCCGCAACCAUGCGUGAGGUCAUCUCCAUUCACAUUGGGCAGGCCGGCAUCCAGGUCGGUAACGCCUGCUGGGAGCUCUACUGCCUGGAGCACGGCAUCCAGCCCGAUGGCCAGAUGCCCUCCGACAAGACCAUCGGCGGCGGCGACGACGCCUUCAACACCUUCUUCUCCGAGACCGGCGCCGGCAAGCACGUGCCCCGCUGCGUGUUUGUGGACCUGGAGCCCACCGUGAUUGACGAGGUCCGCACCGGCACCUACCGCCAGCUGUUCCACCCCGAGCAGCUCAUCUCCGGCAAGGAGGACGCCGCCAACAACUUUGCGCGCGGCCACUACACCAUCGGCAAGGAGAUUGUGGACCUGUGCCUGGACCGCAUCCGCAAGCUGGCCGACAACUGCACAGGCCUGCAGGGCUUCCUGGUGUUCAACGCCGUGGGCGGCGGCACCGGCUCCGGCCUGGGCUCCCUGCUGCUGGAGCGCCUGUCGGUGGACUAUGGCAAGAAGUCCAAGCUGGGCUUCACCGUGUACCCCUCCCCCCAGGUCUCCACCGCCGUGGUGGAGCCCUACAACUCGGUGCUGUCCACCCACUCCCUGCUGGAGCACACCGAUGUGUCGGUGAUGCUGGACAACGAGGCCGUGUACGACAUCUGCCGCCGCUCCCUGGACAUUGAGCGCCCCACCUACACCAAUCUCAACCGCCUCAUCGCCCAGGUCAUCUCCUCCCUUACCGCCUCCCUGCGCUUCGACGGCGCCCUGAACGUGGACAUCACCGAGUUCCAGACCAACCUGGUGCCCUACCCCCGCAUCCACUUCAUGCUCUCCUCCUACGCGCCCGUGAUCUCCGCCGAGAAGGCGUACCACGAGCAGCUGUCUGUGGCCGAGAUCACCAACUCCGCAUUUGAGCCCUCCUCCAUGAUGGCCAAGUGCGACCCCCGCCACGGCAAGUACAUGGCGUGCUGCCUGAUGUACCGUGGCGACGUGGUGCCCAAGGACGUCAACGCGUCUGUGGCCACCAUCAAGACCAAGCGCACCAUCCAGUUUGUGGACUGGUGCCCCACCGGCUUCAAGUGCGGCAUCAACUACCAGCCCCCCACCGUGGUGCCCGGCGGCGACCUGGCCAAGGUGCAGCGCGCGGUGUGCAUGAUCUCCAACUCCACCGCCAUCGCCGAGGUCUUCUCCCGCCUGGACCACAAGUUCGACCUCAUGUACGCCAAGCGCGCCUUUGUGCACUGGUAUGUCGGCGAGGGCAUGGAGGAGGGCGAGUUUUCGGAGGCCCGCGAGGACCUGGCUGCCCUGGAGAAGGACUACGAGGAGGUGGGCGCCGAGUCUGCCGAGGGCGACGACGACGCCGAGGACGAGUACUGA